AUGCUAGAGUGGAAGCCGGAUCUCCCUACUGGGCAUAUCAUCAUCAUUUUGGCCAGCGUAUUGCUCGAGCUAUUCAACAACUUUGACAAACGAAAACACCAAAAGCUCAUCAAAAUGACUCUUGCCGUCGAUCUAUUGAACCCCUCUGCAGAAUAUGAACGCAAACAGCACAAACUCAAGCGUCUUGUACAAUCCCCCAACUCUUAUUUCAUGGACGUAAAAUGCCCAGGGUGCUUUGCUAUUACCACUGUAUUCUCUCAUGCGCAAUCAGUAGUUCUUUGUGGCUCAUGUGCAAGUGUCUUGUGCCAACCUACGGGUGGUAAGGCAAGACUGACCGAGGGUUGCUCAUUCCGCCGGAAGAACUAG